AUGAAGAAGUUUAUUACAAUUGCCGGAGCUAUCUUACUUGGAACCGCCGCUGCCACUCAACUCACUCUUGAAGAGAAAGUAGUCGAUGGUCUCCUCCACGGACUCUAAGCUGCUGAGAAAGAAGUUUCACUCAUCAAGGGUCAACUUCAAGGCAUUGCUCACAGAAGAAGAGCAAGAUCAGUAGAUUCAACUCCCAAUGUUGAGGCUCUAAGCAGAUCAUACGGUAACAGAUAUUCCAGCUAUAGACCAACAACAAAGCCCUCAACAUCACUCCAUCCAAUCGAAAUUGCUAAAAUCGGUACUGACAUCAUAUCAGGUCUUGGAAACACUGGUACCGCUAUGUACGCCCAAAUUGAGGCAGCAAAAGCAGCUGAAGCAUAAAAGAAAUAUUACGAAUCACUCAUGAACCAACCACAAGUUGAAGGUUUCCUCAGUGGUCUCGGAGAACUUACCGGAAUCGCUGGAGAUCUUACUGGUAUGGGACUUGGAAUCUACCAAACUAUCGAACAACCACACGUUGAAGGAUUCUUAAGUGGACUCCACGAAUUAACUGGCAUUGCUGGUGACCUUACUGGAUUAGGACUUGGAAUCUACCAAACUGUUCACCCACAUGUACAAGCUCAAAUCGAAGAUGAGGAUGACAUCGAAGUUCAACAAUACUGGGAUGGUGGUGUUUACGUAAGACCAACCAGAGUUGUCUACAAUGUCCCAUACGGCGGUGUUAUCUACCCACACGAUUGA